GGCGCCAAAGCAAAAGCAAGCAACAAGGACUCUCACGUCCGAUACGAGCUAAGACAUCGUCGUGCAGCUCUCGCCCUGUUGUUGCAAACUCUAGCUUGCGCCAAAGCUAUCUUGAUCCGCGAAAGAACAACCGCACCCGCUCGACAGCAAUGGAGGUUAAGGUAUUGAGCUCCAAGCUCGUCAAGCCUGCCUACAGUGCCGGCGCGGCCCCGCCGGCGGCAGCUGAGUACAUCCCCAUGUCCAUCUUCGACAGGGUCACGUACCAGAUGCAGAUGGCCAUCAUCUACGCCUUCCCGCCGCCGGCGCCGUCCACGGCCGCCAUCGAGAAGGGCCUCGCCACGGUGCUAGCGGAGUACCGCGCGUUCGCGGGGCAGCUCGGCGAGGGCCCCGACGGGACGCCCUCGGUGCUGCUCAAUGACCGCGGCGCGCGGCUCGUGGAGGCGUCCGUGGACGCCAACCUCGUCGACAUGGCACCCGCGAAGCCCACGCCGGAGCUGCUGCGGCUGCACCCCGACCUGGAGGAGGAGCUCGAGGAGGUGGUGCUGCUGCAGCUGACGAGGUUCCGGUGCGGCUCCCUCGCCGUCGGGUUCACGUCCAACCACGUCGCGGCCGACGGCCACGCCACCAGCAACUUCCUCCUGGCGUGGGGUCGAGCCACCAGGGGCCUCCCCAUGGGGCUGCCCCCCGUGUACCACCAGGCGGGGCUCUUCAAGCCACGGUCCUCGCCUCGCGUCGAGUACGACCACCGCAACAGGGAGUUCUACCUGCCGUCGCCCACCGAGAAGCAUGGCCAUGGCGAGGGCGUCGACAACAUCGUGAUCCACAAGGCGCACUUCACCAAGGACUUCAUCGCCGGGCUCCGCGGCAAGGCCUCGGAAGGCCGCGGGCGCCCGUUCAGCCGGUUCGAGACCAUCCUCGCCCACCUGUGGCGCACCAUGACGCGCGCGCGCGGUCUCAGUCCGGACGAGACCUCCACAAUCCGCCUGUCCGUGGACGGCCGCCACCGCCUCGGGCUGCCGGCCGAGUACUUCGGCAACCUCGUCCUCUGGGCGUUCCCGACCGCUACGGUGGCCGACCUCCUGAACCGGCCGCUGAAGCACGCGGCGCAGGUGAUCCACGACGAGGUGGCCCGCGUGGACGGCAACUACUUCAAGUCUUUCAUCGACUUCGCAACCUCCGGCGUCGCGGAGAGGGAGGGCCUCGCGCCGAGCGCCGUCCUCAAGGACGUGAUGUGCCCGAACGUGGAGGUGGACAGCUGGCUGACGUUCCCGUUCUACGAGCUGGACUUCGGCACCGGUAGCCCGUCCUACUUCAUGCCGUCCUACUUCCCGACGGAGGGGAUGCUCUUCCUCGUCCCCUCCUACUUCGGCGACGGCAGCGUCGACGCCUUCGUGCCCGUCUUCCAGCACAACCUCGAGGCAUUCAAGGAGUGCUGCUACUCCAUGGAAUAGUGUCGGUCGGAGUCAUGGUCGAGUCGGCGAGAGGUGAUUAUUUGGUUGCGACGCACGCUAAGGCGUCGUCAAUUGCACUACGUACGUGAAGAACUAGUUAUUCUUACAAGUUUCUUUUUUCCUUUUCUCGGGUUGUCGUUUAAUUUUUCAGACGCUUGAUCGCAUCCCGAUCGACCUGUCGAAUCAGGGAAAUCUUCGUGUUUCGUAGCAAAGUUUUGGAGAUGUACAUUGAUGAUUUAAUUUAAGAGCUGCAAGGAAAUAAAAUGAAUUCGUCUUAAUAAAA